UAAAUGUUGGGUGUGUGGCACAGAUAAAAUAAAUCUGUUUUUUUUCAAAAUAACACUUUCCUCACUUUCUCCCCUAGGCUCAUUAAUUAAGUUCUGCAGAGUUAAACUGAAUCAUUGGAUUUUUAUUUGGUUGUUUUGGGUCUAACACUAAACUUAAAUGUCUGAGAAAAGUUGCAUUAUUUGAUUUUAUUCAGUACGACUAGUGGAAUAUGACAAAGUACAAGUACUGUAUAUAAGUACAAUUGUGGGGUACUUGUACUUUAGUAUUUCCAUAUCUGGUUGCUUUAUACUAUAUAUAUAGUAUAUGUUGCUAUAUACUACACUCCAUUUCAGAGGGAAAUGUUACUUGACACCAUUUAUGUCACAGCUAUAUUUACUAAGCACUUUUAACUAAUCAAAACAUGAUCAACAAGCAUGAAUUAUUGUUAAACAUAAAACUUGCUGCUACAACAUAAAAGGCUGCUUUCACAUUAAUUCGUAAAUAAUUAUAAUCCAAUAAUGUAGACACUACCCUGCUGGAUUUAUUAUGAGUACUUAGAAUACCUACUUAGUAAUGGUUUGAAUGCCGGACUUGCAGGAUAUAUUUAUAUUGUCUUUAUUUUAAAGUAAAUUAUAAUAAAUCUGCUUAUUUGAUUUGUUUGUUUAGUCGACAUACUUUACACUGACAACACAAGAUAAAGACUGGACUGUGUGAACAUUGUGUAACUCAGUGACAGCGUCACAUGACUGAUAACUCUUCCAGCAGCUAUUAAGUCUGCUAACUGUCCACGACACGCGAGCAGCAACAGUUUGCCUUUUAAAACGUUUCGUUCAAAUACAGAAAAAGCGACAAACCUCACGGGACAGACAGAAAGCUGUCAGGAUACGCAGCUUCCCAUCAGGUGUCACUCCUCUCGUUCGUUUCAAAGGCGGUUAUUUGAGCAUUUUGCGCCACCUUGUGAGUGAAACCGCUCCCCUCCCCCGGCAGUGCCUAACAAACAAGAUGGUGUCAGUAAUUUGCACUCUUCGACACCACACGGACGAGGUCAGCUGCUGUGCCUUCUCUCCAUCUCUCCUGGCGACCUCCUCCGGUGACAAGACUCUGAGAGUUUAUAACACCGCUGACUUCUCGGAGCUUCCCUUCUCUCCUCUGUCGGGCCACGGCUACGGGGUUCACUGCUGCCGCUUCAGCUCGUGUGGCAGGUACCUGCUCAGCUGCUCCACAGAUGGGUCCGCCAUCGUGUGGUGCUCGGAGACAGGUGAGCCGGCCGCGGCGCUGCAGCACCCGGUCCGCAGUCCGCUCCGAGUGUGCGCGCUGGCACCCGACUCCUCCCUCCUGCUGGCAGGGGCCUGUGAUGGUACCGUGGCCCUCUGGGACUUCCCCUCCAAGACACUGCGCAGCUGCAGCGCAGUGAGCGAGGCCAGUGUUGUGGCCUGCUGCUUCUCUCCCUGUGGCCAGAUGUUCGUGACCGGCUGCACCUAUGGAGACCUCAAACUCUGGGACGUGGACGUCUGUCUCCUGCAUGCUGAGAAGGACGCCCAUGACCUGGGAGUCACCUGCUGCAGCUUCACAGACCAGUUAAAAGUUGGCGGCUGCUGUGUGGAGUUUCGACUGGCCUCCUGUGGCCAGGACAGCCAGCUGAAAAUAUGGAUCGUUUCCCAGCGUGAGGGACCAGCCUGUGUCAUGAAGCUGCUUCACACUCUCGCCAGCCAGACGGCUCCAGUUCUGUCAUGUGCCUUCUCUUCUGAUGGAGAGCUGGUCGUGUCGGGUUCAGUGGAUAAAAGUGUUGCAAUAUAUGAUGCGAACCUGGGAACCCUGCUCUACACUUUGAAACAGCACAGCAGGUACGUGACGGCUGUUGCUCUGUCUCCCACCAUGCCGUGGAUUGCAACUGGCUCCAUGGACAGAACGGUAAACGUAUGGAGAAUAGGAGAUGGAGUCAGUAGAACUGCAGCUGAAUCAAGGCAGACAGUGUGCCAAGGAAGGAAGUUGCCAGGUCAUUCCAGGCUGCUGGUUGCUGAUUGGUCGGAGGAGGAUGUGCAGACUUGGCUGUGUGAGGAAGGACUGCAGGGGCUCAUCAGCAUCUUUAAAGCCAACAACAUUGACGGACCAGAGCUCAGCCAGCUGAACAAGGAAACAGCCGCAGAGCUGGGAAUUGAGUCUGUGGGCCUCCGCGGUCGUCUCCUCAGGAAAAUCGAGGCCCUGAAGGCAGAACAGAGCAGGUCAGAGGCCCCGGAUGAGUUUCUGUGUCCAAUCACCAGAGAGCUGAUGAAGGAUCCAGUCAUUGCUGCAGAUGGGUAUUCCUAUGAGCGAGAAUCCAUCGAGAGCUGGAUCAGGGGCAAGAACAAAACCAGUCCUAUGACGAACCUGCCCCUCCAGACCACACUCCUCACCCUAAAUAGAGCGCUGAAGUUGGCAAUAACACGUUGGAAGUCGAGCCAGUAGGCAGCAGCUCAUUUUAGCUUGUUUGUCAGAGUCCGACUAAACAGGUUUCUUUACUCCUCUAUGAAUUUCUUUGGGUUGUGGACAAAACAAUUUGAGGACGUCUUCUUGGUCUUUGGGAAACACUGAUCAUCAUUUUUCAAAUUUUUCUGCCAUUUUACAAGGUAAAUUUAUUUUAUACAUACAACAGAGUUGUAGGUUGAGAUGCAGUUUGUAGUUAUAAAAACUAAACAACUAAUUGAUUGACAGAUUCAUCGACAAUGAAAAUUAUCGUUAGUUGCAGCCCUAUUACUACUCGAAUAAUAGUCACGAUGGCUGCUUUUCAGCCAAAAGUUACAUAAGCCUUCUGUAAUUAUUGGGAUAAACUGAGACAAGUGAGUUAAUGAGCAAUACAGUUAUUUCAAGGCUUUUAUCUCGUAUGUAAAAACAAAAAUAAACAGACCCUCCCUUGCCAGAAAUGAAUGGAAGUUAAAUGUGCCAUUGUCCUGUAAUUUCCAUUUGUGGCCACAGUGACUGCUGUUUAAUCUUGCUUUGUUGAUCUGUUGCAUUACCUUUGAAACAGCUGAAUGAUAUUAACAAUUCUGUUUAGGUUAUUAAUAAAUGUCCUCUUAACUCAAGUAGUCUUGUGUUUUAGAAUAAAAAUCAGCAGAGCUGUU